GCUGUGGAAGUGUCAGUCCGAAGUCCAAUUGCCUGCUGGUUUAGUGCUAUGCUUCAUUGCUUUGGUGGUUCAGUUUUGUCUUCGCUGAUGCUUGCAGAACCUCCAGUAGGAUUUCUGGCAAAGGGCACAAAUAUUCUGCUGGCAUCUUCAGUCUGGUAUUUUGUGUUUUACUGCCCACAAGACUUGUUCUGUCGGUGCUUUGCCUUUCUGCCUCUUCGGCUUCUGAUUGCAGGAAUGAAAGAAGUGACUAGAACUUGGAAGAUAACAGGUGGCAUUGCACAUGCAGACAGUCACUUCAAAGAUGCCUGGCUUGUCAUGAUAGCUGUAGGCUGGGCCAGAGGAGCUGGUGGUGGCCUAAUUUCCAACUUUGAGCAGCUGGUGAGAGGAGUAUGGAAGCCUGAAACCAAUGAACUACUGAAGAUGUCCUACCCUGUGAAGGUAACUUUGAUAGGAGCAGUUCUUUUCACCCUGCAACACAGCCAGUACUUGCCAAUAGCAAGGCACAACCUCAUGUUUUUAUACACCAUCUUUCUUGUUGUCUCCAAGGUAACAAUGAUGCUGACAAGAUCUGCAGCUUCUCCAUUUGCUCCCCUUGAGGCUGCAUUAGGCCAUAUGUUCUUUGGCUUGCAAAAGACACCAUCCAAAGUGAAGGGUGAAGGUGCUGCAUCUUCCAAUGGCUCUUCAGUCUGUGACCAAUCCUCUGAACAGCACCAUAAUGGUGUUAAGAAAAGACAAGCAAAGAAAACAGAAUAA